AUGAGUGAGGACAAGAGCGUUUCCAGCGUGCCAAAGACAGAAGAAUCGGGCCUGAAGCCACCUACUUCGAACGUGUUUGCUAUGUUUGGCGGAGCUGGCGCCAAGAAGGAGGAAAAGAAGGAGGAAAAAGAGGAAAAGGAAGAGUCCAAGAAAGAGUCCAAGGAUAAAGAAGAGGACGAGGAAGAGGAGCCAGAAAACGACGAUAUCCAUUUUGAGCCGCUUGUUCAGCUGGAGAAGGUCGAGGUGAAGACGAACGAGGAAAACGAGGAGGUUCUGUUCAAGAUCCGUGCCAAGUUGUUCAAGUUCCAUCCAGAUUCCAAAGAGUGGAAAGAACGGGGUACUGGAGACGUCAAGUUCUUACAACACAAGGAAACCAAGAAGGUGAGAUUGUUGAUGAGAAGAGACAAGACCUUGAAGGUGUGCGCCAACCAUAUCAUUGCUCCUGAAUACAAGCUGACUCCGAACGUUGGAUCUGACCGUUCGUGGGUGUACAAUGUCACUGCUGACGUGAGUGACGGGUUGCCAGAGGCACAAACGUUGGCCAUUCGGUUCGGCAACAAGGAGAACGCCGACAAGUUCAAGGAUGAGUUUGAGAAGGCACAAAAGCUCAACAAAUAG